GAUGAAUUCAUAAAAAAAUAAAUAAUAUGUAUUACAUUGUUCUUUUACUUUCUCCAAUAUUAAUUACGAUUUGACAAUAUUAUAAUAUCAAGUGUUCUAUGAAUCCCUGUCUUAGAAUGUUUGAUUACUUAAUUUAGAAUUAUUCAUAAAAAAAAUUAAUGAGAGAGAUAUUUGCAAAUUCUAAUAAUAUUAACACAAUUUUCAUAGUUAAAUAGAGUGAUGCCAAGAGUUAAUUCGAUCAAGGAAGGAAAUAUUAAGUUCCUGGGAUAAAGGAGAUAUUAUUCUAAUUCAGAUUUUAUUUUAUGAAAGGGAUUUUGAAAUAUUUUGUUUAUAAUUUAUGGCAUAGUCUUUUACAAUCUUAUAAAAUUCCUUUAAACAUUUUGGACAGGGACAUUACAAAGAGUCAAUGGAGGAAUUACAGAAAUUUAAGCAAUUAAAAGAGCAAUCUGAUCAAAAUCAAUCUAUGGUGCAAAUAAAUGAAAAUAUCAUUCUUUGUGAAUACAAUAUCACCAAAGAUGCUAAUGCUUGCAUAAAUAAACUAGAUGAAAUAAUUGAUGAAAUUAAAAAGCCUUCUCCCUAGAAAAAGAAGAAACAAGAAGACGAUAGCAUUUUAUAAUUCAACAAAGCAAUUAUGUUCUUUUUGAGUGGAAAGGUCAGAUAGGCUCACAACCUAUUGAAAUAUUUGAAAGACAACUAUAACUUGGACAUUUACUUAAAUAUCAAGGUGCAUUUGCUCUUAGUUGAAACAUCAUUUUAAUUAUAAGAAUUUUUGUAUGCAAGCGAAUUGUAUAAGAAACUAUCAUCGGAAGAUACUUUAAAAUCCUUACAAAAUAAAAUUACCAAGUCCAAUUAAGUGGACGAUUAAUAAUAAUAAUCAUAGUCAAUCUAUACAUCAUUGUUGUUAGGUUCUGAUCUGCCUUAUCCAGAUGCACAUCCAAACACUUUUAGCAAAGAGGAAUUUUUAUUCAUAUUAAACGUGAUUAAAUUUCGAUUUUACAUCGUUUCAAAUACUAAGGAUUGGAAUAAAAAAUUAAAUAGUUUAGAAUAAGCCUUUAAAACUUAUAUGCGUUAAUUAGAUCAAUAAUCAGGCAUGUAAUAAGAUUAAGCAGUCUAAUUUUCAGCAGAGACCCAACCCUAUCUGAAUUUGCAUUCAUAAAUGAUGUUCUAAUAAUUGAAGGCAUAAAGACAAGUCGCUUUGAAUGAAAAUGUUGGACAAUGCAUCAAGAUGAUCAACCCAUGUGCAGAAAAAUAAAAUCAAUAAAAUUAAGAUUUUAUCUAGAGUAAACAAUCCUUAUAUUUGACUUAAAUAUAUAAUAAUUUGGGCUGUGUACAUGCAAAAUUGGGUAAGUAUGCCUUGGCUGCAGUCUACUUCCAUAAAGCCAUUACCCAAACGAGAUAAGUGUUAUAAUCACCUAAUCUUUAUGAAAGCGUAAUUUAAACAAAUGUCAAAUAAAGAUAAUUUGCCAUCUAUCAAAAUUUAGCUGAUGCCUUGUUCAUGGAUUAGAAAUAUUAGAAAGCGUUAAACAUUUAUAAUCAAUUGCAGGAAGCUUGUAAUCAAAGUGCAAAAUUUUGGUACAAUAGAGGUGUUUGUUAUAUACAAUUGUAUCAUGAAUUUAAUCCUGAUAAGAAUGAAAUUUAUGAAAUAUCAGAAGAACAUUCUUAAAUCAAUACCUAAGAGGAGGGAAAGAAGAUUAUACUUUAAAGCAGAGAAAUUUAUAGUGAUGCUGAUGAAGAAUAUUAAGAUUAAUUCUAUAAGAUUGAUUAAAAGAGUGAAGAAAAUAAGUUAGUACAACCAAAAGUAAUCAAAGAACUUUUAAACAAUGCUAUUAAAUCUUUCCGUAAUGCUAUUAUAUUAUCGAAGAAAGAAAAGAGGGAAGAAACUAUUUAGAUAGAUUAGGAGUAAUUAUUAAUUGCAGGUUCGUAGUUAUUUGAAUCCUCAAUCGUCUUUUUAACAUACGCCUACCUUUGCAGAGGAGAUUAUAACUUAGCCUUGCAAUAAGGAAAGGAGGCAUUAGAAUACAAUCUGUCUGAUAGUAAUAAAUACACUAUAAUACAAUAUGUACUGGAAGCCUAUAUUUCUACUUCAAAAAUUAAAGAAGCUACAAGCUAUCUUAAUAGUAAUGGAGUGGCUAAUUUCCUAAAUAAAUUCAUUAAUUGCAAUUUGUAAGUUCAGUGUAGGAAUGUAAUUGGAAUACAAACCACUUGUUUUUCAAGUUAAAGUCCCAAGGCCAUAAGUCAUUUUAAUUAAGCUGCUUUACAUUUACAUAAUAAUCAUUUACCUCAAGCUUGGAACUCUAUUUAAUCUUUGAUGAGUUGCUGCGAUAUCACGAUUAACUAAAUUAAUCAAGUUAUUCCAGUGCCCUUUCUAAAUUUAUUAAUAUGGUAUUAUUUGAAAUCAGAUUAAGCGUAAUUAGCCAUACAUUUAAUAAAGAGAAGAAGAUUGUUAACAGGAUAAAUGGGAAAAAAUAAAAUAUCUCUGUUAAAUAUUACAAAAUGAUAUAGAUAUAAAUAAUAGUUAUUUUAUAUAU